AUGGGUAUCACUGGGGAGCUGGUUAGGAGUGUCUUUUCCAAAAGCCGGUCCGUUGGAGCCCAUGAGAGCAAUGUAAGGAGCAAUGCUGGGGAAAAAAGAAGAUGGAGCUCAGUUAGGUCUUACCUAUGUGGUGAUGAACUUAAUUCAGCCAUUGCAGAGGAGGAUUCAGCUUCUGUUAGGAGCACCAGAGCUGCUACUACACAGCCUGAAUUGAGUUCAGUACUUCUGGAAGAGGAUAAAGCUUCUGCCAAUAACUCUGAGGCCACUGUCACACAACCCAUAAUAGAGAACUUUACUGAAAAAGGAGAGAUCCAAAGCAAAGAAACCAAUGAAGAAACACAAGAGGAAAAGCAGAAUUCAACGGCAAAAUUGUUUCGAAAAGAUGAUGCAGCAAUUGUCAUCCAGUCGGCAUUUAGAAGCUUUCUGGCAAAGCGUCGUAAUGAAGGAAUCAAGUUGGUGGAUGCUGCACAAGAGCUCGGUGUAGAAAUAGGAAGUCCAAGUAGGGUGUCUAUAGGUACAUCAAUCGCAGUUCAAACUGCAAACUCGGCUGUAGCCUUCUCACUUCGAGAGGAAAGCUUUGCUGUGCCCCCUCGAUUGCCACCGAGAGCUAGAACUCAGGUGCUGAAGCUACAGGUAAAAAUGCCAAACUUUUAUUGCUCCAAUUCCUAA